AUGCUAAGGGCGUAUUUCUGGCCUUACCUUUUCGCCACGAUCGUCUACGUUAUCUCGGAACUCAUGCUUUUUCCUCACGCCGCAGCUACUAAGCCUGUUAAUCAGCUUCACAACAGACGAGAGCCAGCCGUUAUGGCGAGGGUAUUUCUACGCUGGUUUGUUACUCCUCGUCAGUCUCACCACGACAGUUGUGAAAAAUAUCUUCUAUUACCGAGACCAGAUCAUCGCGGCGCAACUGAGGGCGUCUUUCAUGGGCGCCGUUUAUCGCAAGGCGCUGGUCCUCUCGGCAACGGCAAGGAGGCAAUUCACGUUGGGCGAAAUCGUCAACCUAAUGGCGGUCGACUCUCAGCGCCUGAGUGACAUCAUCUUGUAUUUCAACCUGGCCUGGGGCGCGCCUAUCGUCAUCACCAUGGCGCUCUAUUACCUGUGGCAAAUCCUAGGUUGGUGUGUUUGGAAGAGAGUGG